AUGCCGAUCCCCUUCCUCGCCUCCCUCUACUUCGACGGCUACCCGCCCUGGCUGCCGGACCCCUACCUCCUCCUCAAAUACAGCACCGCAGCGGCCACCAUCACGCUGACAAAAUGGUACACGGGCGGGCGGACCAACACGGCGGAGCGCAACAUGCACGGGCGGGUCGUGCUCGUCACGGGCGGCACGUCGGGGAUCGGGGCGGUGACGGCGUACGAGCUGGCGCGACGCGGCGCCCAGGUCGUGCUGCUGACGCGCCUGCCGCCCACCGACGCGUUCCUGGUCGAGUAUGUCGACGACCUGCGCGCCCGCACGGGCAACAACAUGAUCUACGCCGAGCAGGUCGACCUCGCAGACCUCUACAGCGUGCGCCAGUUCGCCACCCGCUGGAUCGAUAACGCGCCGCCCCGCCGGCUGGAUAUGAUUGUGCUGUGUGCCGCGACGAUGGUGCCGCCGGGUGGGAAGCGUGUUGAGACGGCGGAGGGGGUGGAGGUGACGUGGAUGGUGAAUUAUCUGGCGAAUUUCCAUCUGCUGGGGAUUUUGAGCCCGGCGAUCCGCGCCCAGCCGUUCGACCGCGACGUGCGGAUUGUAAUACCGACCUGCUCGAGCUACAUCGCGUCACCGAAGUUGGAUGCGGAGGUGGAGAGCAAGGACUGGACACCGCAGUGGGCGUAUUCGCGGAGCAAGCUCGCGUUGAUGGUCUUUGCCAGGGCGUAUCAGAAGCACCUGGACUCGUAUAAACGGCCGGAUCAGCUGCCCAUGACGGCGAGGGUGGUGCUUGUCGAUCCUGGGCUGGCGCGCACGCCAGGCAUGAGGAGAUGGCUUUCAAGGGGGUCGCUGUUGGGGUUGUUGCUCUACUUGAUCUUCUACGUUUUUGCUUGGCUGUUCCUGAAGAGCCCUGAGAUGGCGGCGCAGUCACUGCUGUAUGCGGUAAUGGAAGGCAGCUUGGUGAGCGUGCCCGGGGGCAGGUUGAUCAAGGAGUGUAUGCAGAUGGACUGCGCACGGAAAGAUGUGGACGACGAAGAGGUGGCCAAGAAGCUGUGGGAGUCGAGCGACAAGCUGAUCGAGCGAGUCGAGAAGCAGCAGGCAGUCAAAAGGGCCAAGGCAAAAAAGGAACAGGAGAAGAGAGAGGAGGAAGCCAAGAAGGCGGCCCAGGUCGAAGAGAUUGAGUCUCUAGUCGGAGCUAUCACCAGGAGCAAAGCCAAGUCGGCGAAGGUGACGGCGAAGGGGUCUAACGAGGCGCCCAAAAAGAACGGAAAGAAGGGAAAGUCUGCUGGGAAUAACGCCAAGUACAACGCCUCCCAUUGCCACCCUGUAUUUUUCACAAACAAGCUGCGCCGGCCGCCAUUCACCAUUUUGCCAGGCCCGGAGUCCAGCCCGGUCGUGCACGGCUACGUCUACCAGGAAGGGCUGCGGGGGGUUGAUAAAUCGGCAGGGCCGCGGCUAUGA